UUCGAUUUUCGAGAUAAUUUUCCGUAAAAAUUUUAAAUGGACUACCCAUCAACAUCAGAUGAUCAUAACUAUACCAUUAAUAUUCCAAAAAAAAGCCGUGUUGACUCAUGUUUUGUGCCAAUGUGUCCAUCAACUUCAACAAAGUUUCCAAGUAAAUUGUUUUUGACUGGACCUUCUGACCCAAAACUGAGAAAAAAGUGGUUUAAAGCUGCGAGGAGAGAUGGAAAUUACUCGCCAAAGACCAUUAUUCGAUGCUGUGAAGAUCACUUUGACUUGGAAAACGACGUCGAAAACUGGAUAAAGUUUAAAAUGUGUGGAGGAAAACUUUUUCUGAAAAAAGAUGUGGUACCUCAUAUUUUUGAAUGCCAAAAUAGAAUGAUGCCACUGAAACCUAGAUCACUAAUAAUGAAAAGGAGAAAACGUGAAAUUCUUGAGAGCAUUGAAAAUUCACCAGAUCCAUCUUCAGAGUGUCCAUUAACCACAGAAACACAUGGUUCUCAAAAUAUUGAAAUAUUCAAUGAUAAAGCAACUGAUGAGACUUCGGAUCAACUGUUACUGUGUCGUGGAUGUUUCGCCACUGACGUCAAAAUGUUUGAUCUGGAAUCGAUGGAUUUGAAGGAAAAUUUUGAAGAAUUCGUCGGAAAAACGAAAGUGGAGGAAUUGCCACAAUAUUUGUGCUCGUAUUGCGCGGUAUCGCUCGUCAGGUUCACACAGUUCAGGGAGAGGUGUCGACGCGCGGAAAUGUUGCUGCAAAACUUGAGCGACAACAACAUGCUAAAUCCCACACUCAUCAAAUCCAUAGACAGGUCCUAUUACAAACUAAACUUGAACUUGUCUAUAUCCAAACUCGUGCAUAUAGAAACCGAUGAGAUAGAAAUUAAAUUAGAAGAUAAUGAUGAAGAAGAAGAUGUAAAAUCAGACCGUGAAGAAAGUGGAAUGUAUGAAAAUAUUGUUACCAAUGACAAGACGUUACAAACGGAUGAAGAAAUUAGUAAAUGUAAUCCAUCCGUUAAAUAUUUGCAAAAGGAUGAUGUAGCAGGCAUGGAUAUUGAUCAAUCCAUUCUGUAUUUGCAAGAAAAUGAAGAAGGAAUUAGUAAUAUAGGACAACAAGAUGUUAAAGAGGAAAUCGAUAAUAUUGGACAAUAUCUGAAUUGCAUCGAAGAAAAUGAUCCAGGAAUAAGUCAUACCGAACAAUCUGAAGAUGACAUGGACACAAAAGUUAAAGAAAAGUUUUUAAAUGGGGUAAAUAAAAUAAAUAGUACUACAAAAAAGAAGGAUAUAGUGAAUAAGUAUGCGAAGGAAUUCUCUAUGGAAGUAAAAGUUUUGACCCAAGAGGAGCAAUUGCAAUUCGUGCAGGCGAGGAAAUCGUCAAGCAACUAUUUAAAUUCGAAAUUUAGGUGCAACCUUUGUUUCAAAGGCUUCAUGUCCUCUGCAAAGUUUAGGAGUCACUUCAACUGCUUCCAUCACCCGUCUGUCGGUGAACUCGAGUGUUCGAUGUGUCUAGCUAGAUUCUACAACAAAAGGAAGCUUCGCAAUCACAUGGUCAACCACAAAUACUUAUUCAAAUGCAAGAUAUGCCAUUUCAAAACCACAAGGUGCUUUAGUGCCAAAAGUCAUCAUUAUCAACAUUCAGGACUGAAUCACACGUGCGAAUAUUGCGGCAAAUCAUUCAAAUGUAGCACAACUUACUUAUCACAUUUGAGGCUAAUCCACCGGACCGGUCUCAACGUUUGGUGUAGAUUGUGCGGGGAUUCAUUUUUGAGCGAUUUAGGUCUCAAAACUCAUCGAAGAUUAAUGCAUACGAAUAUUGAAUAUCAGUGUCUAUGUUGCGGAUUAAGUUUUCUCAACGAAAGUUCGUUGUUAGUACACAAUAAUGGACAGUGCGUGGAGAAUUGUUGUGCUCAGUGCGGUGAAAGUUACCCCGAUGAGGAGUCUUUAAAACUUCAUUUUACUGAUAAACAUGGUAAAGCCAAAUGUGCCUUGUGUAAUGUGGAGUUUAAGUCCCGUAUUGCCUUAGAGAGUCAUUUGGAAAAUUCCAGUGCGAAGUGUAGGAACGUUAAAUCUUGUGUUUAGUGCGGGGAAUGUUACUUGACGUCGUUUUUGUUAAAUGAACACAUCGCUUUUCAACACAACAAAUACAAAGUUUCCUGUUCAGUGGCACAUUCCAGGGUUCAUACAGGAGAGAAACCUUAUAGCUGCGAGUAUUGUUCUAAAAGGUUUGCUAGAAAAUCCGCCAUCAACAGGCAUACAUUGAUUCACACGGGUGAACGAAGACACAUCUGCCAGAUCUGCAACAAGGACUUUGUGACCUCAACAGACGUAAAGACGCAUAUAAAAUCUGUGCACAUGAAGAUUAUCACGCCGAGGGUUAAGCGAAACAGAUCAAACAAACGUGUGGAAUUGUGAAGGAUAAUUAUUAAUUUAUAUAAUAUUGAAGUAAUACUUGUUAAUAAAUCAGUGAUUAUGAAGA